CUAUCCAAAAAAAAAACCAUUAAAACGCCCUCUACGAUACAAAUUCUUUUUCAUCGAGUGCUAUUGUAGUUAUCGAUUAAGUUUGACCGCGAAAAUGAAUGUUGUCUAAAAACUAAUAUAUAUAAAACUUUGUUUUUUUUCUUUUAUUUAAAAUAUAAAAGAAUUUAUAAAUAAAUUUGUAUUAUAAUCCAUUCAUUUCAAUUAUAUAGUAAAAUUGAACAACAUUAAAAAAAUAAUAAGAUGUAAUAAAACUAAGAAACUAGAUAUAUAUUUUUUAUAAAAUUUAUAAAUAACUUGUUAAACCGGUUUCUGUUUGGUUUUAUUCUUUCUGAUAUGUUAUUCAUUCGAUUUUAAACGCAGUGGAAUUUUGUAUAAGAUUCGUGUAAAAUGUAUCGAGUACUUGAUAAAACUGUAAAAAUUCGUAAUAUUAAAGGAAUUCAAUCUGCUAAUUCGAGUUCCUUGGUGACGUUUAUAAAACCAGAAUUAGAAGCUAUAAAAGCAGCUGGUACUUGGAAAAGUGAAAGGAUAAUUGUGUCGCCUCAAAGAACAAGGAUCAUAUUAAAAAAUGGAAUAAAAGCCUUAAAUUUUUGUGCAAAUAAUUAUCUAGGUUUGGCGGAUAACAAGGAAAUAAUCGCCUCAGCUAAGGUCGCUUUAGAUAAAUACGGAGCUGGUUUGAGUUCCGUUAGAUUUAUAUGUGGUACACAAGAGAUACACUGUGAAUUAGAAAAAAAGAUAGCAGCUUUCCAUGGUAGAGAAGCUGCAAUUCUUUAUGCAUCUUGUUUUGACGCGAAUGCUGGUCUCUUCGAAGCUUUGCUUAUACCAGAAGAUGCAGUGUUCAGCGAUGAACUCAAUCAUGCCUCAAUCAUCGAUGGGAUUCGAUUAUGCAAAGCUAAGAAAUACAGAUAUAAGCAUAGAGACAUGGCUGACUUAGAAAGACAGCUCAAGGAAAAUUCCACAUCACGUUUACGAGUCAUCGCGACCGAUGGAAUUUUUUCGAUGGAUGGUACUAUUGCCCCACUAUCGGAUAUAAUCGAACUUGCAAAAAAGUAUGAUGCUAUUACAUUUGUAGAUGAUUGUCAUGCAACUGGAUUUUUUGGAAAAACUGGUAGAGGAACUGAAGAAUAUUUCAAUCAUGUAGGUAGUAUAGAUAUUAUUAAUUCUACUUUAGGAAAAGCUUUAGGAGGAGCAGCAGGUGGUUACACAGUUGGUAAGAAAGAACUGAUUGAUUUGUUAAAACAACGCAGUAGGCCAUAUCUGUUUUCAAACUCUUUGCCACCAGCCGUUGUAGCAACAGCUAAUAAAGUAAUGGAUCUAAUAACAUCUAAUACAACAUUUUUGGAUAAUUUAGUAAAAAAUACAGAACAUUUUAGAAAGUCAAUGAUUGCUGCUGGAUUUACAAUCAAUGGUAAUAAUCAUCCUAUAUGUCCAGUUAUGCUGGGAGAUGCAAAAUUAGCUUCAACUUUUGCUGAUGAAAUGAUUGGGAAAGAAAUUUAUGUUAUUGGCUUCAGUUAUCCUGUUGUACCAAAAGGGAAAGCAAGAAUAAGAGUUCAAAUAAGUGCAGCACAUACUAAAGAAGAUAUAGAUAAAGCUGUAAAUGCAUUUAUACAUAUUGGAAAAAAAUUAUCUGUCAUAUAAUAAUAAUAGUUUGUCCUUUUACCAUAAAAGAAUGUUAAAUAAAUAUUCCUAAUUGAAAAUGAAA